GAGCAGGGAGGAAGAGGAGGCAGAUAAACAUCAGCCAGGAGCGCGAGAGGAGGAGGAGGAGGAACUGGGAGGGCGCAGCGACCAGCAGCGGCUCCAGCGACCAGAACCAGUAGAAAAGGUAAGAACCAAGUAGAACCAUGUAGACCCGAUCACACUGCGAGAGGAGGAGGAAGAGGAGCGGGGAUGGGUGAGUCUCAGUCGAAGUCAGUGAUGCUGCACCAUCAGAACCAACAUCUGGACCUGGCCUACAGAGGCGGCACCAACAGCUGCCCCCUCAGGAACAAAGACAGCAACUUCAACUUCCUGCCAGGCGCCAACGACGAAGCCCAGGCAGAAACCAGGAGAGGAGGUGAUGAGAACCGGAACCAGGUCCGUCCCCGGAACCUGCCGUUGGGUCGCGACCCUCAGAGUUCUCCUACCUCCGGCUUCAACUCGAGCCUGAUGUCGCCUUGCUCCCGCCUGCCCUGCUGGAGCCCACUGGAGCCGCUCCCUGAAAUCGAGACGGGGGAUGACGGGUACGGACGGGUCCCGCCGGACGGAGCGGAGGAGUGGAGGACGGAGGAGGAGGAGAGGAUGAUGAUGUUUGAUGAGAAGAAGGAGUGCCAGAGGAAGGAGGAGGACCCGGAUGAUGAAUGGGGAGACAGCGACUCGGAGUCGGAGUUCAGCUGUCGCUCCGGCGGCAGCGUCUCCUCCCUGAAUGUGGAGAGUGGAGGCGAGGCGGGAAUCCUGGGCGGCUGGGACCGGGUCGGCGUCGGAGAGCCCAAAUCAAGCAAGCCUGAAGCCGGGCCGACCAGAACCGGAGAUGUGAGACAGAGGAGCUUCAGCAACAAGCCGCCGACCGGGAGCGACCUGCCAGGGGAGCGUAACCACGGCGACAACCAAUCGUCCGACUCGGACGGCGAGCUGCCGGAGCUGAUGGACGCCGUGUGGACCCUGCGGGACCGCGAGCGCUUCAAGGCGCAGGAGAUGGAGAAGCACCAGGUGCAGCUGACCAUGUACCGCCGGCUGGCGCUGAUCCGCUGGGUGCGCACGCUGCAGGGCCGCGUCCAGGAGCAGCAGAACCGCCUGCAAUCCAGCUUCGACGUCAUCCUGACCCACAGGAAGGAGCUGCUGCGGAUGGGAGCCGCCGCCGCCACUGCUGUCGCCCAAUCAUAGGAGGCCUACAGUGUGAUGUCACAGCGUGGUCUCAUUGUGUUUCUGUGUCUGUAAAUGUGUGUGACUUUCUGCGGAACCCUAGAGCUCUACAUCGGUGUGACGUCACCUUGACGACGACAUGACGACACCGUGACGAUACCAUGAUGUUACUUCCGUAACAUUGUGAUGAUACUAUGACGUUGCCAUGACAACAGGGUGGCCAUACCAUAAUGAUACCUUGAAGGCAGUAUGAUGAAACCAUGACAACCAGUGUUGAUACCAUGACAACAGAGGCAGAUAAACUUGACUCUGAACCAACCGUUCUGUCUUUAUUCCUGAACAUUUUGUGUUUGUAUCUGACUUAUUAUCCCAGAUUAAAGAAAUUAUCUGAA